ACAGCAAAAAUAUCUUAUUAAUACUUUUUUUAUAGCUUUAUAAUUAAUUAUUGGUUUAAUGAAAAAGUUACCUGGUUUAAUGAGUAUGAUUUGUUCCUAAAUUUCGUUUAAUGCUUUAUUAAAACUCGUAAAGAUUUAAAUUAAUGCAAUAAUAAUGUUCCAAAUCAACAAUCAAUUGGUUCUUGAUGAAGAGUAUGAUGAAAACUACCAACCCACUGAAGAAGAAGUAUAUGAGUAUGCCCAAGUUAUUGGUAUUGAUCCGUUGAGGGAACCUGAACUUCUUUAUAUUGCUCGUCAAGGAAUUGUGGCACCAUUACCUACUGAUUGGAAACCAUGCCAAGAUCCUAGUGGUGACAUUUAUUACUUUAAUUUUUCUACUGGUGACAGUGUAUGGGAUCAUCCGUGCGAUGAACAUUUUAGAGAACUCGUUGAAAAAGAAAGAAUGCUUUUACGAAAGAAAUCUUUAGAGAAAAAGAAAGUUAAAAAAAAUAAAGACCAAAAAUCCAAAAAAGAAAACUUUGGUACUCUUGCUCCUUUAAAGGGGGAAAGUGGGCCACAACUUUCUUCGCUUAAGAGUAACCAUGGUAAACUUGGAUCACUAUUGUCUACAGUUAAUCCUCUUGGAACCACUUCGCAAAGUAAUAUGAAUCCACUAGCCAAAUCUACAAUUCCUUCAAAAAUUGGUUUAACUGCAGAUUUAAAGAACCCAACUAAAAUAAAUAAUACUGAAACAAAAACUUAUUCAAAAAACAAUUUGAGAGAUUCAUUUGCAUUUUCACUUGGUAAAACAGGUGAAAAUGUUAACUUUGAAAUGUCUGAUUUAAGUGAGUAUUCAGAUGGCAAACCAAAAUUUACUCUUGGACUUCAUGCACAAGAUAUUGCUAAUCUCAGCUAUGAUGAAUCUGAUGGUGAUAAUCAAAGAAGUGCUGAUGAUAAAGACGAUGAAACUGAAUUGGAUUUUGGUAUUAACUCAGGCCUUGCAGCUCGUUUAGAAGGUAUGACCGUAGAAAAUCUUCCACGAUAUAAUAUGUCUAAUGAUGAUGAUGACAGCGAUAGCAAAUCUUUUAAAUUUGAUAUUAAGAAUUCUUUCAAUGAAGAUAAACUCCGGCAAGAAGUUUUAAAAAUAAAACAAUCAAAUGAAAAAUUAGACCCAGACCAAAAUCUCUGGAAAAAUGUAAAGCUUAUGAACAAUGCAAAUUUUCUAUUAAAAACAAAUGAAGCAUCUGAAAGUUAUCCAAACAGCAACAGUAUGGAUGAUGAAAAUGUCAUGAUUCUUGAGCGUUUUCAAAAAGGUGUUGACAUUAAUUCAUCAGCCAAUUUAGAAAAUCGGUCUAAAGAUUUAAAAAAUUUCAAAGAAAAGUUAAUGAAAGAAGAAACAGAAGAAAAAGAAAAAUUAGAUGCUCAACUCAAAGCUGAUAUUGCAAAAUUGCGUUCAGAGUAUGAAAGUGAAAAGCUAGAUGAAGAAAAAAAGCUCAAGGAAGAACUUAAUCUUGAAGUACAGAAGUUAAAAGCUAAGUAUGAGAUAGAAACAAAAAAUGAAGAAAACAAAAUUAAAAUUGAUCAUCAAAGUAUUAUAACUCAAUUAAAAAGCAAGCUGGAUGCAGAAAUGCAGCAAUUCACAGCAAAAUUGAAAGAAGAUAAAGAUGCUGAGUUGAAACAUUUAAAAGUUGAAAAUGAAAAGGAAAUAGAGAAACAUAAAUCUAAUCUAAAAGAUGGUUUGUUGAAGCUUAAAGAAGACAUCGAAAAGCAAAAUGAGCUUGAUAAGAAAAGUUUACAGGACAAUCUAGAGAAGGAAAAAAAAUUGAUGUUAGAGAACGUCAAGAAGCAGUUUGAAAAAGAAACUGAAGAACUUCGUUCGAAUCUUUUCAAUGAGCAUAAUUUACGAAUAAAUUCUCUUAAAGCAGAUAUUGAAGGAAAGUAUGAGGAAGAUGAAAAUAUAUUUAAAGACUCUUUAAAUCAAAGCAAGUUUGCACAAAUUUCAAGCAAUAUGUCUUAUAUCAAUGAAACAGAAGAGAAUCAUAAAUACGCAAUAAAAGAAAUGAAUGAGAAACACUCUGAAGAAAUCAGAAAGUUGUCUCAAAAAUUUAUACACCAGUUAGAGGAAAUAAAGAAGGAAUUUGAAGAAAAGAUAAUUGCUGAGAGAACGAAUGGAGAACAAAAACUUAGCACAGAGCUGAAAGAGUUUCAAAAAUAUCACCAAAAUGAAAUAGAUCAGCAAAAUCAACAGCAUGAAGCAAAAUUAAAUUUGCUACGAAGUACUUUCAACAAACAAAGUGAAGAAUUGGAACAAAAAACAAAAAAUUUAGAGAAAAUAUCUUCUGAUAUACAAGAAAAAAAGGAAGAACUAAUUGGUCUUGAAAAUGAUCUUCGAACUAAAAAAGAAAGCAUAACUAAUGAGUUAAAUGAACUUAAUAAAAAAACUUCCGAAGUCAGCAAAGCAAACAGAAACAAAGAGCAUGAUAUAAAUUUACUUUCUAUCAAAAAGCAACAAUUUCAAAAUGAAAUUUCCAAUUUAAUGGAAAAUGAAGUUUCUUUAAGAGAAACUAUAGGCAUGCUACAAACAAGUAAAUCUGUAUUGGAAGGAAAUCUUAAUGAACUUAUGCAGAAAAAGAAUGAUGUCUUGGAUAAAAUUAAGGAAGAAAAUGAAAUUUUUUUGGCGCAGCAACAUCAGCAUGAAGAACUUGUUUUAAACUUGAAGAGUCAAGUUAAAAAUCUUCAAGAUUUCCUUCAAACACUAGAGAAUGAAAAAUUACAAUUUAAAGACAACAGAAAAGUCCAAUGCGUAGAUGUAUCAACAAAUACUGACUUAAAUAUCUAUGUUUCCAUUAAACCAGAAAGCGAUUUAUCUCAAAGUAAUGUUCAAGAAAUGUUAAAUGAGGAUAGAAAGUCCCCUUUGUCUUUAAAAGACUUACAAAAAGAAGCUGUUAAUGAGGAUGCAGAAAUUAAAAAGAAUGAUGUUAGCAGUGGCGGUAUGAACAAUUUUAAAAAUUUAAAAAAAAUUCAAAGUCGACUUUCAAGGAGGGUGUGGCUUGAAUCAGAUAGCGAGUCACUUCAAUCAACAGAAGCAGAUGACUAUGAAAAAUAUGCUAGAAAACCUAAAUAUGGCAGUAUUGAAGAUUCAGAAGAAGUUCAAAGAGCUCAACUUUUUUUAUUGAAAAAUAGAGAGUCUUUACGCCAGGCUGCGUUAUCAAAGGUUCCUGAAGAGCAGAAGUAUAUACAUUCUGAUUUGCAUAAACGUUUGAGUCCGAGCGCUGCUAAAGUAUUAAAAAGAGUUCGUAUGAAACUUGCUCAGGAACGCGCAGAAAUUGAUGAAGCUAUAUCUUCUAUCACAGAGCAAUAUGAAGAAGUACAUAAUGAUGAGCGGAAGUCUUUAAGAACAAAAAUACCUGAAAAUUUUAUCGAUGUCGAUAACUUUAUUGAAACUAUCUCAGAUGCAGAUUACGUUAGUAAUCGACGCGAUAAGCUUAAACAAAUGCGCGAUCAACGGUAUCGUUUGUACGAGAAACUUGAUUAUCAACCUUGGAUAGAAAAUAUAACUGCAAAUAAUAGAGAUAAUUUUGAGGAUGAUUUUACUUUUGUGCGUCGUAAAAUAGACAAUAAACGUUUUCCAAUAAAUUCAGAUAAUAAAUAUGAAGAUGAAACUAGAUAUGCUUAUCCAUCAGAAAUCAGACACAACAUACCUUAUGAAGGCCAAAGAAAAUCUUAUUUAGAGCAUAACGACGAGUCGUUUUAUGUAAAAACUAUUCCGACACCGACUGUUGAGGAAAGGCUAGAAAUGAAAUGGCGAAAGUAUUUUGGUGAUCGACAGGCUCCAUCGUAUCAGAGUUCUCGUGUAUCGUGGGGUCACGCCUCGGCUUUGGAAAAUCUUCGGAAUAGUGGUAACACUGUUUUUAACGGACAAGACUUUGCAACUGAAAGACGUCUACAAAGUCACGCUGAAUGGUUGAAAAGUCUUUCCAAAUCUAAUAAUUUUGCAUCACUUGCAUCAUCCAUUACACAUUAGCAGUUCCAUAUAAGGAAAAAUUAGAAGUUUUUUAUUACUUACAUCACUAACAAUAAAAUUAAUAUUGCAUCUUAAUGAUAAUAUUCUUAAUAAUUUUAGUUUUUGCUAUUAUUUUAUUUUUUAUUUAACAAAAUAGUUUAGGAAAAGAACGAGUUUUUAUGUGUUUAUUAAUAUUUGUAUUUGUCGUAACUAUUUUUUUUUUUGAAAAGAAGUAUCUAUUAAAUAUUAAAAUUUUUAUUGUACCAAAGAUAUUUUUUAUAUAUAAAGUAAGCUUUAUUUUGUUGACAUGAAAUUAAGUUAGCAAUAUUUUAUAUCUUGCAUAUACUGCGUGUAUACUAUAA